CUCUCUCCAUCUCUCUUCGAUGCAGCUCUCCCUCCGCCUGCAUCGGUCUCUCUCUCUCCAUCUCCAUCUCCAUCUCCAUCUCCUUCUCCUUCUCCUUCUCCUUCUCCUUCUCCUGGGUCGACUCUGUUGCCAAAAGUCUCUCUCUCUCCCCCUCCAUAGACUCGGUUCUUUUGUAGCCGCAGACUCGGAGGUGGUGUCUGUUUGAUUUGCCAUGGAUCUGCCUUUUCAAUCAAAGUUUCGUGACCUGGUUUUGCGGUUAUAGGUCCAAGCAGAUGAUGAUGAAACCUGGUCCGUGACCAUCCAUACUAAGAGGCAGGCUGCCUUCAGUCAAAGCUUCACGACCGUAUUCCCCAGUAUCGACCUGGUUUUGCAGACGCAGACCCGGAAGUGUUGUCCAUUUGAUUCGCCAUGGAUCUGCCUUUUCUAUCAACGUUUCUCUAAUAGAUCGAUGGGGGUACUGAGUAAGGCAUCGCAGAAAGAGGGGUUUGUUUCUAGAAUAGUGGAAUUUAGAGCUGAAGCAACAUCUAAAAGAAAAGUUUUUAGGUCUCAUUCCCUGAUUUUCUCGGCAUCAACCAUACGGUGUCUUGCAGCUAACAGUACUGUUCCUUUCUUGCCCUUGCAACAACUUGGUUGGAGUUGCCCCAUCCUCCUUGUGAUAGAGCAGAAGCUCUGCUCCGGACGUUAAUCAUAUGUGUUACACACUCUUCAAGUGCCCGAAGAGCAAAGUCUUAUCAAACUCCCGAGUAUGUUUCCCGAUCACUGGACGACUUGUCCUUAUAGUCUUAUUGAAGAGAUUACAAACGGCUUUAGUGAAGAAAACUACAUCGGCAGUUUCCAAUUAGGCAAAGUCUACCGAGGAGAUUAUGAGGGAAAGAAGGUCACGGUGAAGAUAUCGGAGGACAAAUCUCUGAUCAGACCAGGGGCAGUUGCACGCAGCUUCCGGGAAGAAUCUUAUAUGCACAAGUGGUUGACUGAGUCGGGACUGCAUGAUCUUCACCCAAACAUAGUCAAGUGCCUUUGUUACACUUAUUUGGAAGGAUAUUUUGCUUGUGUUUACGACCUGAAUCCUCUGGACACACUCCACAAUCUUGUCACCAAAGUUAGCUUUGCUUGGCACCAGAGGAUCAGAGCUGCUUUAGGACUCGCUAACUUUCUUGCGUUCCUUCAUUCUUUUGACCUACCUUUGCUGGUUCGUAAUUUGGAUGCUGCCCAUGUAAUGAUUGACCAGGAUUACAAUGCAGUGUUAUAUGACUUCAGCAUGCUUUCAGGUGGAUAUUUCACCGAUAGGUCAUUCCUCAUAGAUGAAGAUUCUAAAGGCUGUCAUGGAUACAUGGAUCCAAGUUUUGAUAAUCAUGGCAAAUGGUCUCACAAAUCUGAUGUCUUUGCGUAUGGAGUUGUAUUGUUGGGUUUGAUCUGCAAAAGAGUCUGUACAGAGGAGGACAGAUUAAGUCCUGCUCCUGCGCCUUGUGUUUAUGAAUGGGCCGAAAAUGAGUACAAGCGGUCAAAGCGAGCCAAGGGCUCUAGAUCGUCUCUUGUGGAUGAAAGCCUCAAAGAAAAUCUGUUGUUCAAGUUUGAAGACGGUUUAAAGAUUACGAAGCUGGCCAUGCAAUGUAUCAAACGUAACCCCAAUCGCCGCCCAUCAAUGAAGCAAGUUGUUAGCUGUUUGCUGAAGCUGCAUAUUGUUCAGCAUGAUAAAGAGGCUGUGGGUUUUGAUCACGAACUGUUUAUGGAAGUUGCUCUGCCCAAUCCACUGAAGGAUAAGUUUCAAGAUUUUAAGAAAUGGAUUAUCAAAGAUCUCUAUUCUCAUCUCUCGAGCUGGUACCAUUUUGGUGGCAUCAGAAGAACCGUCCCAUUCCUUCCUUGUCCAAGCAUAGCUAAUAAAAGGACGAUUCUGAUUGAAGCAGCAAAACGGCAUGGUAAGAUGCAAGUGUUUUCAUAUGAAGACCUUAGCCAGUUCACUGAUGAGUUUUCUGUGGAGAAUUUUAUCGGGAACUAUCAGUUUGGCAAAAUGUAUCGUGGAAAGAUUGAAUCGCGAGCAGUGACGGUGAAAAUACUGGAGGAGUCAGGGAUAUAUCUUUAUCCCCCCGGAGUGGGAGAAUUGACGGAUGAGCUAACUUUACUUCGGCAUCCGGAGUUCAUCCUACAUCCUAGUAUGGUGAAGUUGGUAGGCUACUGUUGUGAAGAUGAGAACCUCGGCGUGGUGUAUGAUCUUGAUUCCUUGGAUACUGCUCAAAACUUACUGAAAGAUGAUAGCUUUACAUGGAUGCGGAGAAUUAAGGUUGCUCUUGGAUUUGGUUGUCUCCUUGAAUUUCUUCACUCCACGGAUGGACGGGAUCUACCUUAUGCAGUCCGCAAUAUCCAUCCAAGUCAUAUAAUGGUUGACAAGGAAUACAACCCAAUAUGGUAUGAGUUUGGAAUGUUUACUGGUGGAAUUCUUCCUCUGCCACAAUACAAGAGGCUUUUAAAUCUUCACAGAUUUUUCGGCUAUAAUGAAUUCCAUCCUGAAGGCUGGUCAACAGAAAGCGAUGUGCUUGCGUUUGGUGUUGUUCUACUUAAUUUGAUUACGAAGAGGCCCUAUAAGCACCCGGAAGGACCUUUUCUUGAUGAUUGGGUUAAGAUGUAUGAGGAGAAAAUCGCAGGGUCAGAUGACAAGACGAAAUGCUCCUUGGUGCAUGCAAGCCUGGAAGCGGACCCGGGAUUCUAUUCAGAGGACGGACCUAAGAUCACGAGGUUAACAAUGCAAUGUGUUGAGAACUCACCCCGUGAUCGCCCUAGCAUGAGGCAAGUGGUAAACCAAAUGCUGAAAUUGCGCAUUGUCAGAAAACACGCAAAAGCGCUCGGCUUCAAUUGAAGUCAAACGCGGUACCUUGUGGUGGUGUAAUUUAUUUGUUCGAGGCAUUACGUGCGGAACCGGCAUGCGUAACAUACCAAAUUUUAAUUGUUACCUUUUUAAGAAUCAAAGUUCACUCUUUCUUGUGAUUUUUCAAGUGUAAUUUUACCAACAUUGUUUUGACUCAGAUAAUUGCUGGAUGGGAUCUUUAUGACUCUA